AUGUUCAAUAAUAAUCACUCAAGAGGAAAUACAGAAGAAAAUAAUUACUACAACGAUUCUGAUAAUUUUGAACUGCCUCCUCCACCAUAUGAAGCGAUUUAUUCUGCACCAAAUAACUAUUAUACACCAUCAAAGACACACACUCCUUCGUCUUCUUCGUCGUUUUCAUCAUCAAGCACACAAAUAGCAAAUCGACGCCCCACCAACCUCUCCCAAACUUCAAUACAUUUGUUGUCGACACGGAAAGAAUGCAUCGUGUGUACAGAAACGGUUGAUGAGACACAAUUUAUUCGACCAACAAACAAUUGUACACAUGCUAAUAUUAUUUGUCGAGAUUGUAUUUCGAGGCAUAUUGAACAUGAAGUCCAGGAUAAUGGAAAUUUCGAGAUUAGAUGCCCAGAUGAAAAUUGUCGUAAUGUUAUAACCGAAGAGGGUAUUAACCGAUUUUCCGAUGAACAAGUUUUUAAAAGGUAUCAGAAACUUUCGCUUGUUUCGGCGCUUUCACAAAUGUCAGAUUUUCGUUGGUGCUCGAAUCCCCAAUGUGAUUCUGGUCAAAUUCACUAUGAAGGAGAUGCAGCACCAAUAAUGACCUGCCAAUCCUGCUCCCAGAAAUCAUGCGUCAUACACUCACGCCCAAUUCCCGUCGGCUCACUAAACUGUCCACAAUGCGCCUCUCUAGCAGAAGCACGCGAGCUCGCAAGAGACAUUGUGCGCCACCACAUAUCCAGAAGACUAAAAGAAUUCGAUAUCACACUAACGGAAGAACAACAACAAUUUUUUGAGAGUCACUUUGAACCAAUGAUUCGUGAUGUCGCGAGUAACCUGGUCGAAGAAACGGAAGUUUAUGAAACGGGUAAAGAACGCCGACGACAACAAGAACUAGAGGAACAACAAAAAGAGCAAAUGAAAAAGUUGGAGGAGGAAACUAAGGCUUUUAUUGCUGCUAUCACAAAAAUGUGUCCCAAGUGUAAUGCUUACAUUGAAAAGGAUGGCGGUUGUGAUCAUAUGAUGUGUCGCGCUCCUGGUUGCAGAUAUGAAUUUUGUUGGUUGUGA